AUGGUAAUGGAAAUUGGUAAUAUUAAAUACUGUCCGGAACAUACAAUUUGUGACGAAACUGAGGGUACCACACCCAAAAAAUUAUUAGAUAUUUAUCUAAUUUUCUAUAUCUUUCACAGAUGUUUCCAAAAAGUGUUAUAUCCUGAUUUGACAGAUGUUACAGUGCCACCAGAAUAUGAAAUAAUAAGUUCUACUAAUUUUGAAUCUAUAGAAGAUAUCUUUAGCACAGAAGAAUAUAUUAGUGAAUCUAUAAAUGAUGAAGAGACAUUAAGUUCUACUGUAGAUGAUGGCAAUAUUGAGCUAUCAGAACAAGAAGAAAUAGAGUCGAAUGUUCCAACGGAAGUAGUAUUAGAAGAUAUCUCCACAUCUUUAACCGAUUUCUCUAGUGCUAGCGUUACAGAUUCUAUUUUAGACGAACCUGUAACGAUUACAGAAAGUCAUAUAGAGGCAUUAAGUUCUAAGGCAGAUAACAAUAAAAUUGAUUUUUCUAUUUCGAAAGAAGUGGAAUCAAAACUGACUACCCUGUCAGUAAAUGUACUUAAAAAAUCCUCUACAUACGCAACAGAACCUUCGAUUGUUACUAGCACAGAGUCGUUUACACUAGAAACAACUACUUCAAGUAUAGAAGAAAACUUGUCAGUCCCUUCAGGUAAAAAUUUUACAGUGGAACCACUCCAUUUUAAAACAUUUUUUGAUGAAGAGGACAACGACAUUGAUGUGUUAACAACCGAAAUAAAUAAAGGAAUGAAUAUAGAAAAUCCUUUAAGUCCUGAAGCUGGAAUUGCAGAAAAAUUUUAUUUAAAGGAAAAAGAAUCUGUAAAAUAUGCUCAAGCAUCCGUUACUCCAGGAACAAGGGAACCAAAAAGAACUACUUUCCAAGAUAUUACUACAACUGAGAAAUUUACGACAGCGAAACUUGAAAUACAUACCACUUUCACAACAGGUACUACUGUUACUACUACGGAAAAUCAAUCUGUUUCUACGGAAGUGAUAUCUUCAGCUGCUACAUCAGAAAGUCCAAUAAAAAGAAUUACAUCUUCCUCAGUAGGAACUAAACAUGAUUUACCAGUGACAUCGACAGAAGUCACUAUAAGUGCAGUUACACCUAUUGACAAGACAACACCAUUAUCAGCAAUAUCAAAUCUUCAGGAUGACAAUAUUAUCUAUGAAAUUAAAAAAGCACGUCCAACAUUGUAUCUGGGAAUAAUCGGAUUACUAACACCUAUCACAGAAUCUACUACCCAAACUAUGUGCCAGACUACUUCUACUAUCGCUUCUGUGCCAAAUUUCAAGACAGAUCUUAGUACUACUACCACCAGUGCAGUACCUUAUACAAAGGUUACAGCUCUUGUACCGAAUUUCAGAACUGAUUUCAGUACAACUACUACUACCAGUGAUGUACCUCACACAAAGGCGUUCCUACCCAUUUGUAAAACUACUGGCAGAUAUCCUUCUAAAAUCUGCAAUCAGUACUAUGAAUGUGUGAGAAUAAUGUGGUGGCUGCAAGUUAGAAUCAGGACAUGCCGUUUUGGACAGGCUUUUAAUUCUGUAACAUUGACUUGUCGUCGUGAUAGCACUUGUCGAGGGGUGUACCGAUAAACUUACACCUGGGCCUUUUAAUUAUUAAAAAAUUACUU